CUCGGCUGUAGAUGGGGGCUGUGCUAAAGAAUCCCGGAGGGCAGUGCUGAAUGGAAACCCGUAACCGAGUCAGAGCUGUGCAUGUUGUGUGAAGAGGGACGUGGUGUGGAAGUGUGCAGACAAGCUGGACUCAAGCUGUCCGCUGCAGAGCUAAGACAUAUUCAGUCAUCCAGCUGGAGAGAGAGAAAAGGGAGACACAAUCCAAGACAGAAGGGGGCAGAGGGAAUCCUGACUAGUUGUUAUACUGUACCCCUUCUAUUCCCCAGCCAAGAGCCUUGGAAUCUUGCAAAAAGUCCAAAUACAUCCUGCAACCUCCUUUAAAAAAACAAGAUUUGCAGCAAAUUUUAAGGGCUGGAGUCCCAAGCUCCCUGCAUAGCUGAAAUCAACCAAGCGGACUAUCGGGGGAUUAUGAAGAAAACGGGCUCUACUAAAAGGGGCCUUCCAGAUGGGACUCAGCAGCUACAGCCAGAGAAGCUUGGCUGGAUAUGGAAAUAUUGUGGCAAAGGGAUUUUUCGCGAAAUCUGGAAAAAACGUUAUGUGAUCUUAAAGGGAGAGCAUUUGUAUAUCUCAGAAAAAGAAGUAAAAGAUGAAAAAAAGAGUCAAGAAGUCUUUGACCUUUCAGAGUAUGAAAAAUGUGAAGAACUAAAGAAAGGGAAAAGCCGGAGUAAGAAGAAUCAUAGCAAGUUUAUGCUGGUGCGGUGCAGACAGCCUGGCAAUACUGCCCCAAAUCUAAUCUUCCUUACUGUGAGUCCUGAGGAAAAGGAGGCCUGGAUCAACUUCCUUAAUGCUGCACUUAUAAGAGCCAAGAACCGCAUCUUUGAUGAGGUCAUCGUUGAGGAGGACAGUUACCUCGCUCAUCUAACAAGAGACAGAGCCAAAAUUCAGCAUCCUCGACGACCACCUACACGGGGUCAUUUGAUGGCAGUGGCAUCUACCUCUACUUCCGAUGGAAUGCUGACACUGGAUUUGAUUCAGGAGGAAGAUGCCCCAGAGGAUCAUGGGACUUGUGAGGAGAGCUUUCGAGUAGAUUUGGAAUCAGUGGCCCAUCUUGCAGCAAGUCGCCGCUUCUCAAGUUCUGAUCACACUAAAUCUUCAGAAAAAGUACACUCAGGGAGUGUUUUUAAGAAAAAGGAAAUUUCUUGGGACACACAUAAAAAGGAAGUAGAAAACUUUGAGAGAGGUAGCACGUAUACACCACAGGUAGUGAAAAAACUCUCCCACUCUGAGAAGAACAAGUGUGCCUCCAUGGAAGAAAUUCUGUCACGCUCAGACUCCAUGCACAAAACAACUCCAAAAAAGGGCUUAGAAGUUCGACAUUCAUCCAUGGAUGUAGAACAGCUAGGAAAGAUACAGGACCUUAUUACAGUGAAACUGGAAAAAACUCAGGAGCUCCUUACAGAGCUUAAGGGACAUGAGGAAGGCAAGAAAAGAACCAGAGAUGUCUCACCCAAGGUAGACUCUGAAAACAUCCGACAGGACACUGAGAGGUUGUUGACUGAAGCUGCCUCCAACUGGCAACAAGCACAGAAGGUUCUGCAGGAGGUAAAGGAGCUCAGAGACUUGUAUACACAGUUGGACAUUAGAAAGCCUAACAUGAAACAGAAACAGCAGGGUACACAUUCACAGUACAGGAAAAGUAUGAUGUGAAAUGUGAAAGAAAAUGCGUUGCUUUUAUUAUUAUUAUCUGCAGUGGUCAUUCAGGGCAUCAGAGUGUCGGGCACAUUUUGUAUUAGUUCAGUGUCUGAGACUGACCAGACCUGCUUCCAACAGAUAACCUGUGGCACUCCAAGUUGCAGAAAUCCUGAAAUCAGUGGUCACAAAAUGUGUGGACUUGCUAUCUGCCCUGCAGCAGACAAGAUGCAAUGUUGAUAACCUGCUGUCUAGCUUGGUGCGGUGGUUAUGCUGCUCUUUUGGUUGGGUUGACUGUCUUCCUUUUUAAAAAGAUAAAUGCUUAGAGAUAAGAUAAUUUUGUAUGAGAGACAGCUAGUUAACACAAAAUUAAAAAGCUAACUAUUUUUCAUCCAUCAAACAGAUAACUUUUGCUAGUCUAAUAAUGUCACUUUGAUACACAAGGGAUUGUGCAUUUAGGGUAUAGGUCAUACCCUGAGGUGGAAGUGGAAGGAGAGUGGUGUUAAUCUGUCGUAGGCACAGUACGUCAGGCAACAUUCUUUCACCAUCUGUAUUCUCAUAAUGAACAACAGUUCAGUUGUCUACCCUACUCUGUCCUACCAAACCUCAUUUGGAACACGGUUUCUCUGCUUGCUUUACUUAAGAAUAAAGUAUUUCUGUCCCCCAGAUUUCUGAAUCUAAAGUAUCCCUGACCUUUACGGGUGCUGAAAACUAUUUUGGUUAACCUAUAUUUCUUUAUCUGCCUGGUUUCACUACCAAUGUGGCAGAUUAUUUUAAUUGCUUGUGGGUAAAAAAAUAAGAGGGUAUAUACUUAACGGCAGUUUCUCAAAAUAGCAUGUGAUUGAUUGGUGCUCUUGCCUGCCUUGACUUCACAAAAACAGUGGUACUGGGUUUGUAAACAAAUGUGGAGGCCCAUGCCAUCUGUGCAGGACAACUGUGGUGAUCUCUCCUUCAUUCUGCUUUCAAGUCCUCAGUUCUGUGUUGUUGGUUUUAUUAAACCAGUAUCGUUAAACCAGUGUAGAACUAAACUAGAAAAAAAGGAGGCAGGGUGGAGACUACAGAGUAGUUGUGGAAGGUGUGGUAUGUUUUGUCUGAGACACUCAGGGAGGAAGUAAUUGUACACAGAUUAAAACCUGGAUCACUUAACUCACACCUAUGCAUGGUAAUAAUUUGACUAAUAAUGCUCUUCCAUGGAUAAGAAGUGUACUUAAUGAAGUAUGUGGGAGGAUAAGGGGUUUUAUAAGGAAAAAAGGAUGAGGCAUAAUUAAUUUCAGUUUACUCCUACUCCCUAGUUAUUUUAAAAGACCAGUGUAGGCAAGCCCUCCCAUCAUUUUUGUUAUAUUUCAAGUUUGUAUAAACAAAAGCAGUUAUGAAGCAUCAGCCAUGCUUUUAUUAACACAAACAAGGUAAACAGAGCUCCUACAUUCAUUGUCAGUAGACCACUGUAGCAUUCAUUUAUUUGAAAAAACCUUGCACUAGAUACUGUUUGGUCUGGAAAUGUAAUCUAGGCUUGGAAUAAAUUUCACACACUAGUAGAAGUGUGGCAGGUCAGUUAAUGAAACUAACAUAGUCUAAACUAUUUAAAAGCUAUAUUAUUUUAUGUUAACUUUUUAAACUUUUUCUGUCACACACACUGAUUAGGACAAUAUAGUCAGUACAAUUAGGGAGUAAAUUAUGUAUUACAUUUUGAACAAUAGUGUGAUGGUUUGCUGAAAGAGUUUUGUCAAAGACAAUUUAGCCAAGUCUGAGUAGCCACAAUACUGUCAUCCAAAACAGGUCUUACUGCUCCAAGCCACCAUGGCUUCAGCUGUUGCUUUGUUUUACAAUUAUGUUGGAUUUGUAGGAACAUAAAAGUGUGGAUAUCAAAGCUUCCUCUGUAUUACUGUAGUCAUAGUAAUGUGCAGGUACACCUUAGGUAUAUCACUAAAACAGGAUAAACACAGUUUGCAGCUUUCUUCUUUCACCCCUCAAAAUCUUUUAUGACAGAGACAGGUCGAUUUUUAAAACAAGGCAUUAGUUAGAACUACAGUGGUAUUGUGGAAGCAAAGCACAUGUUUUAUAUAUAUAU